GAUUCCUCACCACUUCAGUCUGCUACCUGCUGCUGUGAGUCGGUGAUAACUUAGUAGUUCAACAUGGACUGGCGAUGCUUUCUGUUCUCCACUAAAUCAUCAAUAUUUGUUUUGUGGACAGUUUUUUGUGUUAAUCAAGCUGUAGGGGUUAGGAUCACAAGACUGACUGUGCCCUCAGCCGUAAUCAAUGGCUCAGAAGGAAUCGAUAUCCAGUGCGAUUACAGACUGUCAAUCGGUGACUCAGGACUGGUACUCAAGUGGUUCUUGAAUGGUAAUCCACAACCAGUAUAUCAAUGGAUACAUGGCAAACAUCCACAGCUGAUGGGGGAACUGAGGCACAGAUUCAGUCGCAGUUCUCGAGGUCCAAAUGCUGUUCAUAUACUGAAUCCAACCACAGAUCUCGCCGGUGAAUACCAAUGCCUUGUGUCAACCUUCAGAACCGAAGACUACUCCAGCAAAACUAUGGUUGUAUUCGUUCCAGAGAGAGAAAUGAGCUUUGAACAGAUAUAUCAUGAAAUCUCUGGAGUGGACUUUUGCUGCAAAGUGUCAGGCAUCUACCCGGAGCCAGUACUCAUAUUGUACAGGGAAUUGAGAGAGAUUAAAGUCCCUUUGAAAAUGGUUGCAAUCAAUAAAACUAUUGAAAAUGGGCUCUAUACAUUGGUGUCAAAAGCCACUUUACAAGAAGAGGAGCUUUACACAACAACAGUGAUUUUUUGUGAGCUGCAAAUACCUGGUACCAAUUACACCAAACAAAAGACCAGUGUCUACUAUUCAGGAAGAUCGAUGGCAUGGAUUGAUAUGGCCAGUGACUCGUCAACGUUAAAUCUCAAAAUUUUUCAUUUCCAGUUUCCAUUCUAUUGUACACUAUUUUCCAUUAUGACAUCCUUUUUAUGGCCUGGUCAUUGUAUUUUACUCUAUGGUCAUGUGUAAUACUCGAAUGAUUUGCUAACUUAGU